CCACCGCAGCUCAGUCUGGCUCUCUCCAUCUCCAUCCCAAUCCCGACCUACCGCCCGCUCCCGCAGCAAGGCAUGGACGCCUCCGGCACCGUCGCGAAGGGCAAGAAGGGCGCCGCCGGGCGCAAGGCCGGCAGCCCCAGGAAGAAGUCGGUGUCCCGCUCGGUCAAGGCCGGCCUCCAGUUCCCCGUCGGCCGCAUCGGGCGGUACCUCAAGAAGGGCCGCUACGCGCAGCGCGUCGGCACGGGCGCCCCCGUCUACCUCGCGGCCGUCCUCGAGUACCUGGCCGCCGAGCUGCUUGAGCUCGCCGGGAACGCCGCCAAGGACAACAAGAAGAGCCGCAUCAUCCCCCGCCACCUGUUGCUCGCCGUCAGGAACGACGAGGAGCUCGGCAAGCUGCUGGCCGGCGUCACCAUCGCGCACGGCGGCGUGGUCCCCAACAUCAACACGGUGCUGCUCCCCAAGAGGACCGCGGAGAAGGAGGGCAAGGCGCCAAAGUCCCCCAAGAAGGCGCCCAAGUCCCCCAAGAAGGCCGCCAAGUCGCCCAAGAAGGCCGCCACCCCGAAGAAGGCCUGAUGGAGAUGCGUUCUGUGUCGUUUAGGCUGUGUGCUGCGUAGUGUUCUUCUUCUGAAUCUGAAUAGGGGUGUGAAGUCGUUCGUUAGUUGUUGAUGUACCUUGUGUUGUGAUGGAAGGAAUUCAGAAAUCUCGUUUGAGUUCCCAAA